ACCUUUUUGAGUCGUCUUGAUUUUGAAGCUGGAUAGUUCUUACAUAUACUCGAAUGGCCAGCGUCAAUGUUACCGGAGACGAUGCGAAUCUGCGGAUCACCAUAAUUGGUGCCGGUACCAUCGGGCUCUCUCUUGCCGCUUUACAUCUCACGUAUCUGAAGACUCCUUCAAACCUCACCAUCGUCGAUGUUCGGCCGGACCUCGAGUCGCACAUUCUCAGGUCUCUCCCUGCAUUUCUCCCUCAGAGCCUGCACCCUUGCGUCCCACAGGUCAAGCUGGCCUCAUCAGUGCCAGCCGCCGUUAAGGACAGCGGCAUAGUCCAAGAAUGCGGUCCCGAGAACCUUGCCUUCAAAUCUGCCCUCUGGUCCGAGGUCGAGCAGCAUGCUCCGCCAGACGCCCUGUUCUGGACCAGCACCUCCGGCAUCCCGGCCUCCCGCCAGAACGCCCAUAUGAGAGACCCGUCCCGCCUCAUCGUUGUGCACCCCUUCAACCCGCCACAUAUCCUGCCUCUUUUGGAGAUUGUACCGUCUCCACAGACGUCGCAAUCUGUUAUCGACCGUACGGUUGAAUUUUUGCGCCGGAGAGGCCGUGAGCCUGUCCUCCUGCAGAAAGAGAUUACUGGCUUUGUGGCGGGUCGGCUGGCGUGGGUGCUGCUUCGCGAGGCAAUCCAUCUUGUGGACCAGGGCAUCGUGACAGUUGAGCAGCUCGAUACAAUUCUUGAGACGAGCAUGGGGCCGCGCUGGGCAUAUGCCGGGCCGUUCAAGAGCUUCCAUGCCGGGGGCGGUCCCGGCGGUCUAGAAGGACUGCUCAAGAACGUCGGUCCCACCGUGCAAGCUUGCUGGGACGAUGCCGGCCAGGUGAACAUCGGCGGUGCAUGGGAAGCCAAGGUCUUUGGACAGGUGCGGGAGGCAUACGGGGCACUCGACCUGGAAGAGCGAGAUGUUGCCAACCGCAGGGUGCUAGAGGUUGUGCAAGAGGUGAAGAAAGAUACAGGCUCAAGCCUAGACUGAGGCUGGGAUGUGUCUGGAUGGGCUUGAUAGUCAGGUUCCUGGU